GUUAUCGUCACAACUCCUAUGGAGAUGUUGAAGAUUCAGCUUCAAGAUGCUGGGAGAAUUGGUAAGAGAGAGAGGAGAAUCAGUAAUAGAUAGAGGAGAAUCAGUUAGAAAUAGAGGAUAAUCAGUAAGAGAUGGAGGAGAAUCAGUUAGAGAGAGAGGAGAAUCAGUUAGAGAUAGCGGAGAAUCAGUUAGAGAGAGAGGAGAAUCAGUUAGAGAUAGAGGAGAAUCAGUUAGAGAUAGAGGAGAAUCAGUUAGAGAUAGAGGAGAAUCAGUUAGAGAGAGAGGAGAAUCAGUUAGAGAUAGAGGAGAAUCAGUUAGAGAUAGAGGAGAAUCAGUUAGAGAUAGAGGAGAAUCAGUAAGAGAUAGAUAGAGGAGAAUCAGUUAGAGAUAGAGGAGAAUCAGUUAGAGAGAGAGGAGAAUCAGUUAGAGAGAGAGAGGAGAAUCAGUUAGAGAUAGAGGAGAAUCAGUAAGAGAUAGAUAGAGGAGAAUCAGUUAGAGAUAGAGGAGAAUCAGUUAGAGAGAGAGGAGAAUCAGUUAGAGAUAGAUAGAGGAGAAUCAGUUAGAGAUAGAUAGAGGAGAAUCAGUUAGAGAGAGGGGAGAAUCAGUUAGAGAGAGAGGAGAAUCAGUUAGAGAUAGAGGAGAAUCAGUAAGAGAUAGAGGAGAAUCAGUAAGAGAUAGAGGAGAAUCAGUUAGAGAUAGAGGAGAAUCAGUUAGAGAUAGAGGAGAAUCAGUUAGAGAUAGAGGAGAAUCAGUUAGAGAUAGAGGAGAAUCAGUUAGAAAUAGAGGAGAAUCAGUUAGAGAUAGAUAGAGGAGAAUCAGUUAGAGAUAGAGGAGAAUCAGUUAGAGAUAGAGGAGAAUCAGUUAGAGAUAGAUAGAGGAGAAUCAGUUAGAGAUAGAGGAGAAUCAGUUAGAAAUAGAGGAGAAUCAGUUAGAGAUAGAGGAGAAUCAGUUAGAGAGAGAGGAGAAUCAGUUAGAAAUAGAGGAGAAUCAGUUAGAGAUAGAGGAGAAUCAGUUAGAGAGAGAGGAGAAUCAGUUAGAGAUAGAUAGAGGAGAAUCAGUUAGAGAUAGAUAGAGGAGAAUCAGUUAGAGAUAGAUAGAGGAGAAUCAGUUAGAGAUAGAGGAGAAUCAGUUAGAGAUAGAGGAGAAUCAGUUAGAGAUAGAGGAGAAUCAGUUAGAGAUAGAGGAGAAUCAGUUAGAGAUAGAGGAGAAUCAGUUAGAGAUAGAGGAGAAUCAGUUAGAGAGAGCGGAGAAUCAGUUAGAGAGAGAGGAGAAUCAGUUAGAGAGAGAGGAGAAUCAGUUAGAGAGAGAGGAGAAUCAGUUAGAGAUAGAUAGAGGAGAAUCAGUUAGAGAUAGAUAGAGGAGAAUCAGUUAGAGAUAGAGGAGAAUCAGUUAGAGAUAGAGGAGAAUCAGUUAGAGAUAGAGGAGAAUCAGUUAGAGAUAGAUAGAGGAGAAUCAGUUAGAGAUAGAGGAGAAUCAGUUAGAGAGAGAGGAGAAUCAGUUAGAGAUAGAUAGAGGAGAAUCAGUUAGAGAUAGAGGAGAAUCAGUUAGAGAUAGAGGAGAAUCAGUUAGAGAUAGAGGAGAAUCAGUUAGAGAUAGAGGAGAAUCAGUUAGAGAGAGAGGAGAAUCAGUUAGAGAUAGAGGAGAAUCAGUUAGAGAUAGAUAGAGGAGAAUCAGUUAGAGAUAGAGGAGAAUCAGUUAGAGAUAGAUAGAGGAGAAUCAGUUAGAGAGAGAGGAGAAUCAGUUAGAGAGAGAGGAGAAUCAGUUAGAGAUAGAUAGAGGAGAAUCAGUUAGAGAUAGAUAGAGGAGAAUCAGUUAGAGAUAGAGGAGAAUCAGUUAGAGAUAGAGGAGAAUCAGUUAGAGAUAGCGGAGAAUCAGUUAGAGAGAGAGGAGAAUCAGUUAGAGAUAGAGGAGAAUCAGUUAGAGAUAGCGGAGAAUCAGUUAGAGAGAGAGGAGAAUCAGUAAGAGAUAGAGGAGAAUCAGUUAGAAAUAGAGGAUAAUCAGUAAGAGAUAGAGGAGGAUCGCUAGGAGGUUUAGAGAGAAAUCGAGGAGGAUCGGUAAGAGAUUUAGGGCUCUAUUAAAUCCGUAUCGCGGAAGUUCUGUAUUACAGCGUGAUAUAAAUUUAAAGGCAAUGUUCUCGCGCUAGCGGAGACUGCAUUCAUGGUAAACACUGCAUAUGUCGGCUCAAGAGGAAAUGACCUUUCCAUUUCCAUCAGUGAUACAGGUUGAAUAGAGCCAUUAGGGAGAUGGAAAACAAUCGGUAAGAUAUUUAGAGAGACGGAGGAGGAUCGGUAAGAGAGAGAUGGAGCUGCAAAAUGGAAGGGUCACUAUGACCUAGUGUUGAAAUAUGGAGCAAUUCUGCCACCGUGUGGUCAAUAUUGGAACCACAUAAGCUGUUGACCUACUCUACUGUCUAUUUUAGUCCCCUUGUUGUACAUGCUCAUUGAGUUAUUAAUGUAUUCCAUGAGGUAACAGCCUGCAGUUAUAAUGCAUUAUGAUGCAGUUAUAAUGCGUUAUGAUGCAGUUAUAAUGCGUUAUGAUGCAGUUAUAAUGCGUUAUGAUGCAGUUAUAAUGCGUUAUGAUGCAGUUAUAAUGCGUUAUGAUGCAGUUAUAAUGCAUUAUGAUGCAGUUAUAAUGCGUUAUGAUGCAGUUAUAAUGCGUUAUGAUGCAGUUAUAAUGCAUUGUAAGACUUUACAUGAGCAAGUACAAACCCUUAUAAAGUCUUAUCUUGCCUAAAUACCUGCAAACUAGUUAGUUAGUUAGAUAGAUAGAUAUAUAGAUAGAUAGAUAGAGAGAGAGAGAGAGAGAGAGAGAGAGAGAGAGAGAGAGAGAGGUUAGUGCAUUCAUGUUAAUUACAAUCAUAGUAAGUACAAUUUUUCCUUAACAAAUCAACUAUCAGAAAAGUUCAGUGCUAGUACGAAAAUAAAAUAUAUUUAGAUGAGGUAGAGGAGAAUCGGUAAGAGAUUUAAGAGCUUUAAACCCCAUGUUGUCCCUGUCUGUCCUUCUCUCAGAGGCCCAGAGGAAGCUGAUGCCAGAGACAGUGGUACCAGGGGCCGUGCCGACCAAGUCCCCCACCGCCAUGCAGCUGACCAGGGAACUUCUUAAGGAGAAGGGCAUUGCUGGGCUGUACAAGGGCCUGGGGGCCACACUGCUCAGGUAAACAACGUAACAGUGUUCUGACCACCAGGUACCCUCUGCUCAUUGGCUCUUUCUCAAUUGUAUUUCCUGGAUUCCUACCGUCCUCUCCACUCGUCCUCCUUGUACGGAGGAAAAAGGUCAGAGACUGAGGGACCUUGGAUCUUCUCCUCCAAGGCGUUUUGAGAAGAAGUUGAGGAAAGAGGAUGCAAGGAAUCUAGGAAUCAAGGAAAUUCAAUUAAAGUCCAUCCAUAAAUACACUGACACACUGCUCUGGCCACAACUCUGAGGUAUGACAAUAUGAUAAAACUCUCCUCUGCUCAUCUCUCAUUUCUCCCAUCCUCCCCCCUCUCCUCUCCCUCCUAGCUUCAAUUCCUACUCCUUCCCUCUUCUCCCCAAUCCCCCCCCCCCCCUCUCCCCUCCCCCCCUUCCCUCCUCUCCAUCUCCUCUCCUCCUCUCCUCUUAUCCCUUCCUCAUCCCUCACUCUCCCAGACUCCUCACUCUAAGCAGGACUAGAACUCGCCUAUUCAGAUAGACUCAUCGACUUCCUCCCCAUCCAUAAAAUUCCCCCACCCCCCCCCUCCCCUCCCCACCUAUCCUCUCCCUCCUCUCCUCUCCCUCCUUCCCUCUCUCUCCUCUCAGGGAUGUUCCAUUCUCCAUCAUCUACUUCCCUCUGUUUGCCAACCUGAACACCCUGGGGAAGAGAGGAGCGGAGGGCCCCGCCCCGUUCUACGUGUCCUUCCUGGCAGGCUGUCUGGCUGGCAGCACGGCCGCUGUCGCUGUCAACCCUGUAGAUGGUGAGACAUGAUAUGAUAAUAUUAUAAUAUAGAUUAUAAUAAUACUGUAGUAAUAUGGGCUGGCAGCGCCUCCGCUGUCCCUGUAGUUGGUGAGACAAGGGAUUUUCUUUAUAAAAAAAUAAUAAUUCUAUCUUGUUAUAAGAUUAUACCGUUUUCGUGGAAAUUCUACACAGGGACACUCGAGGUCAAUCUUUAAAUGAAUCAUUGUUUAUUAUCAUCAUGCUGGAGAGGUCACAGUCAAACUUAGAUGCAUAAAGUACCGGUCUGAAGUGAGCUCUGCCGGGGCAGUCCCGUUAGAUCUCUCUUAUAUACUGCAGACAAGUUAUAUUUGCAUGAUUUACUUUAUUCAUCAUUCGUCAUUAAUUCACCAUUAACGUUUGCUUCGUUCAUGUGACCGACCAAUUCUGGUUCAUAACAUGUGACCGACCAAUACUGGUUCAUAACAUGUGACCGACCAAUACUGGUUCAUAACAUGUGACCGACCAAUACUGGUUCAUAACAUGUGACAGACCAAUACUGGUUCAUAACAUGUGACCGACCAAUACUGGUUCAUAACAUGUGACAGACCUAUACUGGUUCAUAACAUGUGACCGACCAAUACUGGUUCAUAACAUGUGACAGACCUAUACUGGUUCAUAACAUGUGACCGACCGAUACCUCACGAGGCUUCUUCUCUCCAAGCUGAGACCUUGAAACUGAGAUAUCUUCCAUUCUCAAAACAAGGGUCUUGGCGUACUGCCAAAUUGCAAAUACUGAUAGUGAGGAUUCGUUCAAUCAGUCACUUCCAUGAACACAGACAUUGGUUAUUAGAAAAGCACAAACAUAGAACACAGAAAUUGGUAAUUAGAAAAGCACAAACAUACCAUUUUCCAUCACACUAUGUUAUGUCUCUCUGAGUUAAAAUGGUCUGUAAUUAGUCUGGAUCUUACACCAAUCAUAUAUUCUUAGUUGCAUCAGUGUGUAUUGUAGUGUUAACAUGGUAUUGUUGUGUAUUUACAGUGAUAAAGACCAGAAUCCAGUCUAUGAACAGAGGGAGUACAGAGGAAACGUACAGCGGGGUGACUGACUGCAUCAGGUAAACCUACACAUGGGGAUUUCCAUCGUGGCGCAUUGAGGCUGUUCAGGAUUUCCCCUCGUUUUUUCAGGUUUUCGCUCUCAAAAGCACACUUUUUGUUUUAGAGAAAAACAUAAAAAAUUGGAUGUUCUAAGUAUAGUACAAUACAUAUUACCACAUCAGGAGAUUGUUGAGAGUAGUUACCCUUUGAUUCAAGUGCCAAUGCACCUAGCACUGUUGUUUGGUUAGUGGGGUUUCUUUAAACGUGAUGGAGUUUACAAAACAAAUGCCCACGAUGAUUGGUGGAAAACAUCAUGAUAUUAUUCUGACAGGUAGGCUACUUUGUAGCUAGUUAACAUUUAAUUGAGAAGGUUUUGGGGAAAGCCUAUCUCUCUACCAGAAGAUGGUUAUAAUUAGCAUCACUAUAUGUUUCUUGUUCUUUUUGGUGUUGCGGCAACAAUUUGAAUACAGAAUGAAUACACUGUAUACGCUAUAUGAUAACUCAGCUGCCAUAUUCAGUUAAAACACAUCAUUAUAGUAACGAGGUUAAAACUAUUCACUGACAUCUUGUUGCUAAUCUGUGUUGCCCAUGUCUCUUCUCACCUCUCACCCAUCAGUAAAAUCAUGAAGAACGAGGGUCCCUCAGCGUUCCUGAAGGGGGCGUACUGCCGUGCCCUGGUCAUCGCGCCCUUAUUUGGUAUCGCCCAGGUGGUCUACUUCUUCGGGGCGGGAGAAUACAUCCUCAGCUUCCUGCCUGGCAACUAAGCGACAAGAACGUCAACCGAUCGGAUCUCUGCCUUUUCCCUCUCUCGCGACUAGAUCACAACUACAUCACGCACAGCACAGCGAUAGGAUCCGAGAUCACCUCUCAUCAUGAAAUAAGGUUUUGAUCAAUUUGAUGGGAUUGUUCGAA